AUGUCCGCUGCCGUCUGUCGUGCUCUUCUUCUGUUCUGUGUUCUGUUCGUAGUUUGUCACACAUACAGUCGCAUGGAGUUGGAAGACCGAAUGCAGAUGUCGCGCUUCCACGAACCGGGAAAGGGAGCCGCUGGCUCGCAGGGAGAUGACGCGUACCUCCAUUACCUAUCGGAGUACUUCGGAAGACCCAUGCAACGCCGUUCUGCUGGCUCGACAUAUCCUCAAAUGUUGUAA